AUGUCAAACAGGUCGCCAAAAAUCCUCGCCAUACGGAUGCGUUCGUUGGCGACAGCCUUCAGCCGAAGCUACCACCGGGCCAGUGCUCUCCACCGUCCGACCGGACCACCGAAACUCUCGCCAUACGAUGUAAACUGUAUACUGCGAGGGAACGAACACACGCAAGAAUUUUUCGGCGGGUCCGUUAAAAGCUACGACUCGAAUCAGCUCGCCUCCAACUCGCCUAUUGAAGAUUCACGCAGCGAAGCGAGCUGCGUGCACACGUCCGGUUUGCUGGUGGGGAUAUUCGAUGGUCAUGGUGGGCCGGCCUGUUCGCAGGUGAUCAGCAAGCGGCUGAUGCGAUACAUUGCCGCCUCGCUCGUGCCACCGGACGAUCUGCGCCAGCAUAUGCUCGGCGGUGCGCAGAGCUUUUCCUUCCUGAGCUGCCAUAAUGAUAAGCUUGAGUUUGUGAGCGAAAUCAAGGAGCUGUACGAGAAAAGCUUCAACCAGUUCGCGAACGAACUCACAAACACUACGCUGGCCGGGUUUCAGAUGCAUCAAACGCUGGAGAAUGCUUUUAUCCGGUUGGAUCAAGACCUUUCGCGCGAGGCGAUCGAAAUGCCCAGCCUGCGGACGAUGUCAGUCGCAAUGAGCGGUGCGGUUGCACUCGUAGCACACAUCGACGGGCCACAUCUACAUGUUGCGUCCGUUGGUGAUUGUUCGGCCGUGCUCGGCACUGUCACCGAUACCGGUCAGUGGAUUGCGAAGAAGCUCACCAACGAACACAACUCCGACAACGUUGGCGAGGUUCGUCGCUUGCUCAGCGAACAUCCGGCCACGGAGCGAGAUACGGUGAUUCGUGGCGAACGCUUACUCGGUCAAUUAGCGCCGCUACGUGCGAUGGGUGAUUUUCGCUACAAGUGGACACGCGAACAGCUCGAACAGCUGGUCGUGCCACAGUUUGGGGAGCAAGUAAUAGCACCAUACUACCUCACGCCACCGUACCUGAGCGCGUGUCCAGAAAUAACGCAUCACAUCUUGACGCCCCGGGACAAGUUUCUCAUCAUCGCAAGUGAUGGGCUGUGGGAUACGAUGAGCGCCAUGCAGACGGUCCAUCUUGUCGGGGAGCAUAUGUACGGUAAGGCGUUCCUGCAGCCGCUCACCCUCCCGAAGCAGGAUAUUACGCUUGGGGAAAUUAGCCAAAUGUUGAGCACCCGAAAGGCGGGCCUGCAGAAGAAGCCGCUCGACCGUAAUGCGGCGACCCAUCUCAUCCGGAACGCGCUCGGUGGAACCGAGUACGGUGUGGAGCACUCGAAACUGUCGCACAUGCUAUCACUGCCGCAGGACAUCGUGAGGCUGUUCCGGGACGACAUUACCAUAACGGUCGUGUACUUCGACUCGGAAUAUCUCCGCAACUGUCCCACCUGA